AUGUCUGUGAACCCUGUAGUCUACAGCAACACUUUUUCAAUCGAUGCAGACACUGGAGUACUACAAGUAAAUACUGCAAUUGACAGAGAAGAAUGUCCAUAUCUUCUUGUUGUCAUUGAGGCAGCUCAGCAAGACAAUAAUCUUAAAACAGCUGAUGCAGUAGUGUUGGUUUCUAUUGAAGAUGUGAAUGACAACUCUCCAGUAUUUUCACAAUCAAAUUACAAUGUCUCAAUUCUAGAAAACUUCCCGGAUGGGAUGCAAGUUCUUCAAGUAACAGCUACUGAUAAAGAUGAGGGAGGCUUCCAGGGAACAUUCAUUCUCUAUCCAGCUGACAGUCCCUUCCAGCUAAGUGAAGCCGGGAUCCUAACAGUGAAGAACUCCACACUGUUAGACAGGGAGAAAAUUCCAUCUAUUCACCUACAGGUUGCUGCUAGAGAUCACUUGCCACCUUACUAUGAAGUGCAGUCAGCAAUCAAUAUAUUGUUGCUGGAUGAAAAUGACAACUCCCCCACCUUUACAGACACGCCAUAUCAACGGGAGAUUUUCAUCAACAUGACUGCAGGAAUGUCCAUUCUCCAGGUUGCUGCUGAUGAUCCAGAUGAUGGUGUAAAUGGAGAGAUAAGGUUUAUCUUAGCAGGUGGCAAUGAAGAUGGACACUUUGAAUUGAAUACAUCCACAGGACAAAUCAGUUUAAAAACAGUGAUCCCCUUAGGAGUCAACGAGCUUAAGAAUUUUGUCUUGUGGAUUACAGCUACUGAUGGUGGGAUGACUCCAAGAAGUUCGUCAGUUCCUGUAAAAGUCUUUGCAGUUGGAGAUUCCCGUCCUCAGUUUGUUUACAAAGUAUAUAAUGCAUCUGUGGAAGAAGAACAGGCCAACAGUGUUGAAGUAACAAGAGUAGAAUUUGAGUCUUUAAAUCCUCAUAUACCAGUUACAUUGAAAGUACUGACAGAAUCAGCUACAUUUGACAUCGAUGUCGAUGGAAUCAUCUGGACAAAAACCAAACUGGACUAUGAGUCCCAGAAAAAUUACAUCCUAAAUAUUUCCUUGUCAGAUGGAACGGCUGAAGACUAUGCUACUGUGUUUAUCACAGUUACAGAUGUCAAUGACAACAGUCCUGUGUUUGGUGUAACUAGCACUACCAUUAAUAUUCUGGAGAAUGUAACAGCUGGAACUACUCUUAUCAACGUGUCGGCUACUGAUGCGGAUGAGGGCUUUAAUGGAUUUGUGGUUUAUGUUCUGAAAGGUGGAGAGGGAAAAACAGAUAUUGACUCAUCAGGAUUAAUUUUGCUGGAGAAGGAACUGGACAGAGAAACACAAGAAAUCUAUAACUUAACUGUUAUUGCUAGUGACCAAGGUCAACCCGUGCUCUCUACAGCUCUCAAUUUGACAGUCAUUGUUGAUGAUGUGAAUGACAAUCCUCCAGUCUUCGGGGCAAACAGAUAUGAAAUGAGUGUCUUUGAAGAUGAAGUGGUAGGGAGGACACUACUGACACUAUCUGCUACAGAUUUGGAUGCUGGGGCCAAUGCACUGGUGAAGUACGGGAUUGUCAACCAGCUCCCUUCCUCCUUGUUGCCUGUGUUUCAUGUCAAUUUGACCACAGGUCAGCUCAGCCUGAACCAGCCACUGGAUUAUGAAACCGUAAAGCAAUAUGAAUUAGAAGUUGAGGCAUCAGAUGGAGGGCAACCAAGUCUCAGCACAACGACACUUGUUGUUUUCCAUAUACUAGACAUCAACGAUAACCCACCAGAAUUUAACCAGGCAUCUUACGAUGUAUUUGUUUUUGAGAACAUACAAAAAGGUAGCCCUAUCUACACAUUCAGUAUUACUGACAAGGAUGAGGCAGGCUUUUCUCAGGGACACUUUGUUCAUAACAGUACUUCAUUUACUGUGGAUGUCCCCGGAGUACUUUCAUUAAGGAAUGACACAGAACUGGACAGGGAGACUACAUCUGGAUUUACUUUACAAGUAUGGGCAGUUGAUGCUGAAACAAAUGGGCUUAAUUCAAGCGCCUUGUUCCAUAUCACAGUCCUGGAUGUCAAUGAUAACAACCCUGAGUUUCAGAUGCUGCCAUACAAUUUUGAAGUCCUGGAAGGCGAUUACUUAUUGGGUGCUCCUGCUGUAGUUGGACAUGCAGUUGCCGAUGAUUUGGAUGAGGGAGAGAAUGCACGAAUUACAUAUCACUUAUCAGCUGCGGAUGGAGAUAAUCCAUAUGACAUCCAACAGGAUGGAACCAUCUUGGUUAAUGGCUUUGUAGACCGAGAAGCCAAAGAGAAGUAUGAGCUACUGGUGGUGGUAUCAGAUAAUGGAGUACCUCAGAGACAGAACUUCACAUAUGUCAGCAUUCAAGUAUUAGAUGUGAAUGAUAACCCUCCUCAGUUUACGAAAGCACAAUACUCAGCCACUGUACGUGUGGCAACAGCAAAAGAAGGAUUUUCUGUACUGUCUGUGUCUGCUACUGACCUUGAUGUGGGGAACAACUCUGUUAUUUCAUACAGUUUUAUGAACCAUUCUGAUGAUUUCUAUAUAAAUAACCAUACUGGAGAAAUCACUCUCAGCAAUAACUUGGCCCAUAUUACAGCUGAUACAAUCAUUACACUGACAGUUAUUGCUGCUGACCAUGGAGUUCCUCAGCUUACAUCAAAUGCCUCUGUUACUAUCUACUUGCUGGUAAACGACACCGACUUCGGACUGAUUUUCGAUAGCUCCAGCUAUGAGUUCAGCAUUCCAGAAGAGGAGCCAGUUAGCACUGCUGUUGGUGCUGUGAGGGCUCUGACUGGAAGCCUAGCCAUAAACGUAGCGUAUUCUCUGAAAACACAUAGUGACAAGUUCUCUGUUAAUGAACAAGGAGACAUUGUGACUCUUGCCAGGUUAGAUCGGGAAGAAGAAGACCUAUACAGCAUAAUUGUGGAAGCAGUUGAUUCUGUGGUGCCACCCAAUACAGCUGUUGCUUUGGUGACUGUAAGGCUGACUGACAUCAAUGACAAUCCUCCAGUUUUCUCAUCACUGAUUCAGACAAAAUUAUCAGCUCCUGAGAACGCAGGCGUGCUCAACUUGGGCAUAUUUUCUGCUACUGAUCUGGACAUAGGAGUUAAUGCACUUAUAAGCUAUUCUUUACAAGAUGAUUUUGCCGGAAUAUUCCAUAUUAAUAGUUCCACUGGCGAUCUGAUGACAAAGCAGUCCUUUGACAGAGAAGUGAUGGACAGUUAUGAACUGAAAAUAAUAGCCACUGAUUCUGGCAAGCCAUCACAAUCUGCAAGCUUAAUUCUAAACAUCACUGUAGAAGAUGUGAAUGACAACCCACCAGUGUUCCCUCAGAAAUCAUACGCUGUGGUUGUAAAAGAGAAUGAGCCUCCACAUGUGAUUCUGAGUGCAACAGCCACAGAUGAAGACAUAGGGUACAAUGCUAUUAUUUAUUACACUAUAAUUGGAGAGACAUCUUCAUUUUAUGUUGGAGAACUUUCUGGAAAUGUUACAACUUUACAACCUCUGGACUAUGAAACUCGUGCCCAUUAUACAUUUAUUCUGAAAGCUUUCAAUCCUGCAGAGCCAUAUUUACAGGAUACAGCAAACAUUACAG